AUGGAGCUGCUGCAGCAACUUCAGCAACAGCUGCUGUGGCUGCUAUCAGUUGUUGUGCCCCUUCCCGAAGAUGAAUAUACAGCAACUGUGGAAUCUGUCAAAUCUACACUCGAGGCAGCAUCUGUUGUUGCUUCACUUACAGUUUCAGCAUUAGCCACUGCUUCGAAUAUACAGUGUGAAAUUGAGAUUGCAAUACUUGUGAUGGGAGUGGCAGACCUUGUUGGUGCAUCACAAAAGGAUGUAAAGCAGCCAUCUGCCCAGUUGGAAUGUAGGUCGGCACACCGAGUAGAGAUGGAGGAGCAAAUAUAUGUGGUGCAGGGCAUAGCACAAGCGUUGUUCUUCCAACAAAACAUCAUUGAAGAACGGCGGCAUUGCCUCGAAAUUAUUAAAGCAGAACCAUCACAUUUACGAAUGUCUAAGUCUUUCAGCUUCAGAGCUAUCCCUCUCCCUUCUGCAAUAUAA